GACGAGGUGGUCGGCCCCGCGCGGUGACUAGGCACGCGCCGCGGCUGGAAUGUGCUUCGGUGACAGUGAAGAGGGUCCCCAAGCGACAACAAACAUGUCAUAACCGCAUCGAUGGAGGAGCAAGAUUUCUGGGCCUAGGGCAGCCUGGAGCUAACAUGGGAUGCCGACUCCUGAGAAACCGAGGAGAGCGAGCUACGACUGCGGGAUGCCAUCGCCUGGAGUCAAUCUCGGUCGACAGCUAAGACGACAAAAUGACAUAUUACUUUACGGGCUUCGUGAGGAGUCCUGGAGGACUCCUCAAGAUGAUCCAAAUCCUCAUCGGUUUGGUGCUGAUGUUGAUCCUGAUGGGGGGCCACUACGACGUCAGCACGGGCCUGUACCGCCUCCGCAUCGACGCAUUCCUGAUGACCAUGACGGUCUUCACCUUCGUCCUCACGUCCGCUCUUCUCCUGAUGUGCACCAUCAUGGGCUCGACGGAGCUGCCGAACUCUGUUCUGUAUCGCAUUAACUACCUCUUGGCCACCAUCACAUACUUUCCUUUCACCGUGGGUUUCAUCUUUGAAGAGUACAUGCAUGGCGACAUCAAGCAGACCAUUGCAGGAGGGGUACUCAGCAUCACCAAUUCGCUAAUCUACAUGUUUAACCUGUGCGUUAGCUACGAGCUGCGCUGCCUUCGGGGCCGGCGCCGCGAGCGACAGCCCAAGGGCGGGAGGAGCAAGGGCCCCAAGAAGGGCAAAGGCAAGGGCAAGAAGGGAGGUCAAAGCGACAUCGACAUCCUGAUGGGCAGGGACCGGGCUGCCGCUGGCGCCGCUGGCAUGACCGGCCGCAUUCGCAACGAGCGAGACCUGCUGGCCACCGGCGACGUGGAGACCUUCCACCGACUCCAGCAGAUCCAGCAAAUGAACCGGCUCUUGGAGAACGACCCCAUCAUGUUUCACCAGCAGACCAGCUACAUGCUGGGCGCGCAGCAGGGGUACGCGCAGGAGCAGUACAUGGGCGGAGGGUCGCCGGCAGCCAUGCCUGCCGGCCUGCACAGCGGCGGCGCGUCGCCGGCAGCGGGCGGUGCACCGAUGGUGGACGAGUUCGGCCGCCGGGGUGGCCCGCGCGACGACCGGCUGGCGCGCAGGGUGGUGCACGAGGUGUACCGCGGCGAGUUCCUGCCGGGCGAGGAGUACCUGAUGCAGCCGGCCGUGGGCAAGGAGUUCAUCAUCCCCAUCCAGGUGGAAGGGCGCAAGUCUUCGCAGGACAGCAGCACCGAGAAGAGCAAAUCUCCGAAGAAGAAAGGCAAGAAGUCGUCAAAGAAAGGCAGCAAAAAGGGCAGCAAGAAGGGAUCAAAGAGUAAGAAGAAGGGAAGCAAAAAGGGGAGCAAGAGCAAGAAGAAGGGAAGCAAGAAAGGCUCCAAAAGUAAGAAGAAAGGCAGCAAGAAGGGCUCCAAGAAGAAAGCCUCCAAGGGUAAAAAGAAGAAAAGCAAAGGAAAGAAGAAGAAGAAGAAGAAGAAGUAGUAGAGCCUUCUUCAACAUAUACUCUCUACAUGUGGUGUGCUUUAUUUUUUUAGCUGUGCGAACGACUCGGUCUUUGGUGUUUCACUAUCAUUCGGAACUAAUAAAGUGGCGUACCUUCCCUCUUUUUCUCCUACAUAAAAA